UUUAAAACAAAUUUGACAGCUUUUGGGUUAACUUGUAUAAUCAAGUAAAUUUAGAAAAAUAUUCGCUUAUUAUUUUACUUUUUUAUAGAAUUAUAAAUGAAGAUAACUUUAUUAAUUGAAAUAAUGUAAUAUGCAUUUGAUAAUAUUCAUUAUCAAUAAGUGUCAAACGUAGAAUUAUAAAGGACAUCUUAGUUAUGUGCAGGAUAAGACAUGGAAUUCUAAUAUUAGAAUUAUGGCUUUUACUUAGAAUGAGAAAGUUGCUUUAUUUCUUUUUUAAAUGGAUGCGCCCUGUUUUAAAAAUAUUACUUUUAAUGGCACUUGGUGCAGGUUUACUUUUUAUAUAUGCAUUUUUAAAUGUAAAGGACGAGAUGCUACCGUUUGCAGAAAAAUUUGAUUGCAAAAAACAUGAUAAUUGCAAAUAUUCCGAUAUUCUAGAUGUACCAAAAUUAUGUUCAUCUCCCAUGGAGAAAGAGCUUCUUCGUUUGAAAACAAAAACUUUUAGUCUAGAAAAAAUGCUUCAAAAAUUGAGACUUCAUUUAGGUAGAUUUUAUCCUUGUGGGCAUAAAGAAUAUAAUGAAAUGGCAGAUUUCGCGGCAGAAGCAGUUGGUGGAUGUGUAAUAGAUACACCAGACACGGAAACAUAUCAUUCUGUUACACUUACUUUUUUUGGAAUUCCUCUUUGGAAACCAAUUUAUCACACUCCACGAAAAAUAAUACAGCCAUGGACUGAAGCUGGUGAAUGUUGGGCUUUCAAAGGAUCCUGUGGAAAAUUUAUCAUUGAAUUGGCACGUGCUGCAAUAAUUAGUCACGUAACAUUGGAAAAUAUCCCCGUAUCUGCAUCCAUAACAGGAUCAAUUGAUGCAGCACCAAAAAUGUUUAGCAUUUAUGGACACAUUCAAAAUGAAUUCGUUAAUCUCGAUUCUUUUACUUAUAACAUCAAUGGAUCACCAUCUCAAACUUUUUCUGUCAAGAAUAGCGAAAUAAGUCAAUUUCCUUUCAAGCGAAUACAAUUAGAAAUACAUUCAAAUUGGGGCAAUCCUGAAUACACUUGCGUCUAUAGAUUCAAGGUUCAUGGUCAACCAUUUGAUGAUAAUAAUUAUACUUAACAUUACCAAAUUUUUCAGGAAAAAAAAAUGUCAGUGAAGCCUUUUGAAAGGCUAAUUUUUUUUAUACUUUAUUUUUAGGCUUAGAACUAAUUUGUAUAGUAUUUUUUUUUUAUAUAGUUUUAGACUGCGUAAAAAUCAUGAAUCUUAUUGUGUGAUAGAAGUAAAAACGUAAUAAAAAAGAAAUUAAGGCUU